GCGGCAUGUAUUAAAUCCCCAUACAUUACCUCCGGGCCAAUGGCAGCCGGCAAUGAAUUGUUUUAUCACACGAGGUUUAUGUUGCUAUUGUGUGGUAUAUGGAGACUGGAAAUUAAAAAUGCGCCAGCAUAUUGUAGGAAUGUUUAUCCCAUCUACUCGGUAAUCAUACAAACAUGUAACUCCUUGACACCUAUUUUGUUAGGUGCUAACCUUCCAACUCUGUUCUGUACAAACAUUACUGCAGCAUUCGAGACAUUAACCAAAUUUCUAUUUUCGAGUUUGUUAGCUCUCAAGAUGUCUAUGUGUCAAAUGAAGACACUUUGCAAACUCAUAGAAAUGGCAAUAGCGAAAGAAUCGAACUUAUACAAUAAGGCUCACAAAAACGAUCUCGAAUUAGAAAUGAUUUACAAAAGGCAUAUAAGGUCUUGCAAUCGGUUAACCAAAUUUUUCUACGUGUGUGCUUGUGGAGGAGCAGUUCUCCAUUGGGAAUUUGGCAUCGUUGAUAGCUACAAAAUUUAUAGACUAGAGAAGUACAGCAACUCCACAUUGAAUAAACCAUUGCCACUUCAUUUUUGGUACCCGUUCGAUGAAGACAAAUUCUACAUCUGGGCGCUGGUACAUCAAUUAGCGCAAAUUUUGCUAACCGCUUUGUACACGGCCGCAUUUCAAACUUUCAGUAGUUCCUUAUUAAUUUUUUUGAGGUCGCAACUAAAAAUCCUUCAAGAAAACUUUAGAAAUUUCCAUAAAUUCGGUGGAACCCAGAGCUGGCAAAAUAAUCCGUUUCGGAGUUUACGAAUGGUUUGCCUUAAACACCAGGAGUUUAUUGUGUAUGUAAACGAUUUGAAUCAGUGGAUAAAACCUUUAAUUCUAAUGGAAUAUGGCACGUCCUCAGUUAUGUUCGCCGGAGCUGUAAUUCAAGUAAUGGCGGGUGUUAAUGUAGCCUUUAAUGGAUUGUUUGUAUUUGUUUUGUGCGGUCAAUUAAUUCUGCUCGCUUGGAACUGCAACGAAAUUUUAAUCGAGAGUGGACAUUUGGCCAAUGCUCUAUACGAAAGUACAUGGUACGAACAGGAUGUCAAAACGAAGGUUUUAAUUCACUUUAUGAUACUUAGAUGUCAGAGAUCGUUAGGUUUAACUAUUGGCUCCUUCGGACCGAUGACGAUAAAUGCCGCUUUGUCGAGACUCAAGCUAGCGUAUUCGUAUACUUCUUUGAUGACUGGAGAUGAGAACCGCUAAUAUAAUAUUUUAUUACAAUUAAAUAUGAAUAUCUAUUGAAACCUGCUCGUGUUGAGAGUAUUACCAAGUAGACUAAAAUGUACGGAACAUCUACUCGUAACAAUAUAUAGAUCUCGUUUCUCUGAUAACUUUGAAUAAGAAUCAUGCCAAAUGACACUAUGACGGAAGCCUUGUAAACGUUUAAUUUUA